UGGCAGACAGUUUAGAUCGUAAACGUCGGCCGAAGUGUGUGUGCGCUUUUUGCUCUAUAGUUAGACGAUCCGGUAUCGGGAUUUAUCCUUAUUGUACCGUAUGCGGCUUAUUCUAUUCAUAACUCUCUUUCUCGGCAAACGUGUUUGAAACGGUUUCUAUUUUAUUGCUGCAGGAAUAUUAACCUUAGUUAGUAGAACUGUCGAAUAACUAUGCCAAUAUGAUAUUAAAAAAGAGCUUUAAUAGUUUAAUUGAAGAACGCCGUGCUAAUCAUAGUGUUAAAGUGUUUUAAUGUAUUCAAAUACUAUCUAAAUAUAAUUAAUAAUUGAACGAGUAGAGUUCAAACCUCGGCAUUAUGAAUAUCAAUGAUUUUGUGAUUAAUAUAAUAUUUUUCAAUUCAAUUUAUUGUUAUGUUACUGAAGCUGCAGAUGAAAAGGGAAGCGAUUCCUGUUCGAACCAGCCCAUAUCGUGUGAAGCAAGCAUGGAAAAUACCAACCGGAUGGUGUGUGGCACAGACGGUAGAACUUACCCCUCCAAAUGUCAUCUUAUAAAAGCGCGCUGUACUGGGGAGCCAGUGACUUUUUCGCAUAAAGGCCCUUGCAAUGAUGGUCAAUCGUCAUGUGUCACAGUGUUGAGAUAUGCGUUGAACGCUCAAAAUGGCAGGAAAGCUGCCUUCGUACCUCGCUGUCGUGCUGAUGGCACUUAUGCAGCAGUUCAAUGUGCUGCUGGUGGAACUGCAGCUGGUUGUUGGUGCGUUACUCCUGAUGGCAAGCCAUUGCCCGACACAGCCGUUCGAAACGGCCGACCAGACUGCACAAGAACCGGUAAGUCACAGACGAGGCGUCGCGCAUCUGUUCGAGGACAGCGUAAUAAAAGAAGUUGCACAAGGGCAGAUCGAGUGCAGUUCAACAGUAAUCUCAUUAAGAUAUUCAGUGGGGAGUAUGAACGGUCCCAAAGCCGUGGAGGACCACCAGCUGAACCCCGAAGUGUCGCUGACUGGAAGUUCAAAGAACUCGACCGCGAUAGAAGUGGCAUGCUGCAGAAAUCUGAAUAUCGGGGCCUAAGACGACUUAUCAAAAAGGUUGUGAAACCAAAACGAUGCGCACGCGCAUGGGCUCGCGGUUGUGACGGCGACGGCAAUGGAGAAAUAGCCCGCUCAGAGUGGGUUGGCUGUCUUCUGUCCAACCCAGAACCACCAACACCGGACUACGAAGAGACCGGUCCUGAAACGGAACCCGACUAUAAUGUAGAGGAACCACCACCGGACCCGAGCGCAGUUCUGCCGGGGAUAAUGCGUAAUUCAUUCGCUCCCGACGGCGCCGUGCUGAGAGAAGACGAAGCGAACGACUGUUUGACAGAUCGCCAAGCAGUAUUAGAUGAGCAGAAAGCGGGAAGUGCCGUGUUGUACGUACCAGAAUGUACUGGUGACGGAAGAUACGCGCGAGCGCAGUGCUAUCGCUCCACCGGCUAUUGCUGGUGCGUCCACCAAGACACGGGGAAACCAAUCCCAGGGUCUUCUGUUAAAGACAGAAAACCCGAUUGCGAUUCAGCGCCACAACACGCCAGUCCUAUGAGAGGAUGUCCGGAACCUAUGAAAACAAUAUUUCUUCGAGAUUUGAUGAGAUUUUUUAUUUCGAAGAUGGCUACUUCUAUCAAUGGAACUGGACCAGGUGAAAUGGUGAAGUGGGGUGCUUCGAAGGAAGAGCAAGCGGCGACUUGGACCUACGUGAUGUUGGAUAAAGACAAAAAUAAGGCGCUAGAAAGGCGAGAGUGGAAAUCUUUUCAUCAAUUGAUAUCGAACAUGGAACAACUUAGAAGAUGCGGUCGGAAAUUACCGAGGUACUGCGAUGUAAACCAUGACUCUAAAAUCAGUAUUACCGAAUGGAUGGCUUGCCUUGAAGUUACACAAGCUUCGCAGGGAUCAAGUACGGAAGCUCCUAAACUAUCUUCAAACUCAAGAAGAAAAGGCCCCAACCCCCUCGAAUCAAUACUCAAGGCAGACGACUGACGAACCAUAUAUUAUAAUUUAUUUAUGCAUGUGCCUUUCAAACAUGUGCUGUUAUAGGUUAAAUAAUACUAAAAUAGAACAAAAAAUGGCCUUUAUUACGAUGUAAUAUACACAAUAAUGAGAUUAAUCUAAGAUAUUGUUCUAUGAAGGUUGGAUUGUUCGACUGAUCAUAAAAAGUAUUGAGUAAGUUGGAAGAAUAAUUUAUUAUAGUUAAUUGUAGGCUUUUACUAGUCUCAUUAUAUGUAUUGUUUAAUUAUCUAUGUGUAAACUAUUAUACUCGUGGUGUAUUCUCCUAAUAAAUGUUCGCGUUUGAGUAUUUUUGUGAAAUAUUUUAUCACGAUUUCAAGUGGCUAAAACAGUAAUACUGUGAGCUAAUACAUUUCAAAUCGCUACAAUAUUAUAUAUAGACAAGCGUUACACUUAAUUGAUAUUUCAUUAUACAAUUAUGAUAAUAUAUCAAAUAUUAUAAAAGAAAUACAAUUUAGAAACAUCUCUUCAUCUAUUUUUACCAUAGAAGAUACGAAAAUUAUUUAUAGAGAAAACGUUAAAAUGUAAGCACUAUGUGAUAUUUUUAAUACUAUAUGUCUAAAUAAAUAAUUUAACAAACAACAAA